GGUUGACGAUUAGUCGCAUACACGGGUCUUAAAUUAAGACGCUUCUAUCCGUCUUAUUUUAAGACCCAUGUAUGCGACUAAUCGUCAACCGACUUAUGGUGUCUUAUUUUAAGACGCAUUUUUUUUAGAGUGGAUUUUUGGUCAAAGCUAAACGAAAAUCAUCAAUACCGAAAAUAUCAUCAAAUUUUGAUUGUGUGAGAAAAAGUUUGAAACUGAAGGCAGUGAUUUUACCAUCUGGACAUAAUCUUAUACAAUUAGGAAUUGUACAUUCAUUAAAAAAAAGAGAAUUGUUUUUAUAUGAAACAAAAUGUGUACGUUGUUAUCAAAAGACUGAUCCAUCGGUAGGUAAUUGUACAAUCGAAUGUUUAUUAUAUGGUAAACCUCGUACAACAGAUGGUAUAACUGAAUUGUAUUAUGAAAAUUUAGUUGAACGUAUUAAACGUAUAACAAAACAUAAUCUAUCAUUAAUACUUGAUUAUCCUAAACAUGCACAUGUACUAUUACCAAAUGAUGUCAUUAAUGGUUCAGUUUAUAAACAAUUAUAUGCUAAUAUUAAAUGUAAUAAAUUAACUUUGAUGUUACAUGCGGAUGGUAUGAGCAUAGUAAGAAAAGAAAAUAUUCGAAUACCACAUCAAAUAUUUAAAUCAUAA